AUGCCGUCGCCGGACGCGGCGGCGAGGCACACGGGCGCCGGCGUGGCGCGUCGGCAGGCCCACCACGAGCGGAUGCGCGACGAGCGCGCUCGGGAAGCGGCCGCGGGUGACGCGGAGCUUCCGCCGGAGGACGACGCGGUCGAGAUGGCGAGCGCCGCCCACGUGCUGGACAGCGUGGCGGAGGUGGGCCCGAACUACACCCUGCUGCGCAGCAAGGAGACGAAGGCGAAGCGGCGGAAGCGACAGCGCGAGGAUGCCAGGGCGGCGCUCGACGGCCACACUGUCCUGCCCACCGGAUCGCGCCUCGAGAUCUUCUGCGACAGCGAGCGGUGGUACCCUGCGACCGUCAUGGCGCGGGAGGAGGACGGGGACGGACGGAUCGUGCACGAGGUCGAGUACGACGGCUACCCGGAUCGGCGGUGGUGGCACAUGCUGGACGAGGAGCGGUGGCGCGCCGUCCCAGAGCAGGCCGGCGCGGGCGCAGGCGGCGCUGCCGGAGACGGGGAUGGGGAUGCGGCGAUGGACCGCGUGGACGGCGAGCAUGGCGCCCGUGCCGCGGGCGACGCCGAGGCGGCCGAGGUGCGGCCGGCGCCGCCUCCUGUGCGCCGGGGCGUGCGGCGCAGCGCGCUGGCGGACGCCCUCGAGGCGGAGGAUGACGAGCAGCAGGAGGAAGCUGCGCGUGGCGAUGGGCGGCCGAUGCUAGCGCCCCACGGGCCGGCGCUGUCGGCGCAGCUUCGGGUCGUGCGCCUGCGGCUGCGCGAGUUCCUGGCGACGCAGGCCGCGGCGGGGAAGAGCGUGCCGAUGCAGCGGACGGCCCUCGGUCUGCACCCGACGAUGCGGUGGACGAUCCGCUUCGGCAAGUGGCUGGCGACGACGCGAAUCACCGCGCCGAGGGCGAGCCGGUGGCACGCGACCGAGCGGGGCGAUUUGCGCGACGAGGAGCCGACGGUGCGCACGGGUCGCGGCGAGAACACGGUCUACGUCGCGCUGCAGCACAUGAAGAACCACGUGUGGCGCGAGAUCUGGCCGGCGAUGCCGAGCGACGCGAGGCAGUACUGGCGGCUGGGAUUUUAA